AUGUUUGGCUGGGGUCCUGGACUGUCCUUACCCUCGGCGAGUUCAGAGCCUGAGAAGGAACGCAAUCCCCCCUCCAACCCAACCCCGCUAGAUUUCCCCGUCUACAAUCUUCCCGACGUUGUCCCCCACGAUGCCGACUCGACUCUCCCCGACCUCUUCGGCCUGUUGGCAGCGAUCAAGCGCCCCCAGGAUAUCAACCUAGAUCGAUUCAAGCCGUUGAAUGUCCAUGUCGAAUCCGAUGUCGACGUUCGCCGCAUGUUCCCGGUCGAUCAGGCCCAGUCGCUGCCCCCGUUGCCCUGGGAAGACGAGUCGGAAAUCAAACCCGUCGCUGCCGGCCAGAAGCAAGACAAUUAUAAGGAUCAGCCGCGCCCGCUCAUGAGCAAUGGUCUCCCGUACCCGACCAAAGACCGCUUCGAGACCUUGAAGAAUGAGCUGUUGUUGGAUAACGAGGAUACGUUCCGUGAGGUCGCCCGCCUGCCACCCCGCGAGGGCCGCUCUCGCGUGCGAGUGACCCAGACCAGGAAGUUCUGGGCGGGUCUAGAACACAUGGCGCAGUAUUGGGAUGCAAGUCUGGAUAACUACUUUGAGCGGCCAGCGUCGCCAACGCCUUCAGCUUCGGUGGACGGGGAAGGAGAGGACCAGAUGGACAUGGACGAUGCAUCCGGAGAUCUCGGCGAGCCUGGUCCAGCAGAGCCUACGAUGGACGUGGACCAGGAGGAGUCAGCAGAUCAGGAGCUAUCCAAUGGCAUCGUCAACGAGGGCAGUGAGCAAAACUCCCCGCCAAUGGUGAAAAAGUACACUGGACGGCGUGUCGGGGCAGGAAGUGAAAUGCCCGACGAUAUGCGCGACGAGACCAUCCGUGGAUUCGUCGAGAUGAUCGCCUGGCCCUUUGGCUGCCAAGUUACCAUUCCCACUCUCCCACCACGUCUCACCGUACAAAGCCUCCUCUUCCCCGUUCGUCAAUCCUUCCACGCUGCCCGCUCCCCUCGUGACCGCACCAUCGCCCGCAGUGGCAUCCUCGAGGGACCGGUCCUCAUUGCACAAUGUAGACCGGAAACAGGGUUCCGCAGCGCGAACGAUGCGCCGGGCGCUGGUCUCGGCGAGGUGUGCGAUCUGUUCCGCGAGGUGGGCGGGAUGUUGCUGGCGGCGCAGGAGCGUGCGCGCGAGGGCGCGAUCGAGCAACGACCUGGUGAGGGUAAAUGGUGGACGACGGCGCCACGGUUCGGUGGAGCGCCCAAUGACGGGAUCCUAGAUGAUCUAGUCAAGGGUGCUCACGGAAUGCCGCUACCAGACUCGAUGCUCGUGGAAGGGGGUGUGAAGCCAUCGUCUCCGGCAGAGGAUCUAGAAGGUUCGCGCAAGCGGCACAAGUUUGAGCAUCCAUUCGUGACAUCUCUAGCACGUCGGCCAAGUGCGAUGCGGAAGUUGUCCAGUGGAGAGAAGUGGAAGAUUCUGCAACCGGGUCCCAGUUUAUGGGAUAAGCGGAUGCGGUACAUGCAGAUUGGUAAAGCGAAGGAGAGUUCAUAUGACGAUAUUUACAUGAUCUCCUCCAUAAAUCACCACAUCUCCAUCCUACACCUUCGCGUCCACAAACGCUACCUCGACGUCCUCACCAACGGCACCAGCCCUAUCAUCCCCGACACGAACGACGACCAGCCCUGGCACGUCCUCAAGUUGCAACGUACCAGGUGGUACGAUCUCCUUGACGGGCCAGACCGUGUCGAAGCGCUCAAGGGCGUUUGGGCACUAUUCCAUUACCAGCUACGCCCGACGUCAGCCGCGACCACGCAAUAA